AUGGACGACAGCCCGCUGAUUAGAAAAGGUCCCUCCUUCCCUCCCCACCUUUGUUUUCUCACACCAAUCGAUCUCAUGAAUCGCCCCGUCCCCAUCUCGUCUCAGCUCGCCUGUCCUCACCCCCUCUGGCCCCACCUCAUUCCACCUCGUUUCACCUCACUCUAUCUCCUCCCUCCUCACUUCACUUCAUCCUACCCUCAUUCCCGUCUUGCGAUCGACCAGCCCCAACGUACGAGACUCCCGAUCGUUCCCCCAGGCCCCUCGGGUCGUUCCCCCAGGCCCCUCGGGUCGUUCCCCCAGGCCCCUCCGAUCGUUCCCCCAGGCCCCUCGGAUCCUCUCCGACCAAUUGAGAUUGACCCAGGCGAUCUCCCCUCUCCUUCCAGGGCCAUCUUCAAGUGGCUGGACGAGAAGUUCUCGGGGAUCCUGUCGAAUUUCUCCGUGGCGAAUUCCCCCGAGGAACCGGCCGGACCUGUCUUAGCCAGCGACCAUCGCCUCCAAGACUCCCCCUGCGAAAGCACCGCGAGCGACGUGCAACCGAGCUGGAUCCGAGACGAGAAGACGGACGAAUGGGUCCUGGCCGUGCAGACCAUGCCGCUGCAGCAGUGGAUCAGGGUGGAGCACUGCCUGUCGAUCGGCGUGCGGUGCCAGUACGUGCUGCCGUAUUACCGGAGCGUGUGCGAGGAGAGGAACUCCCUCCAUCAGCUGCUGGUCUGGAACCCGAGGAACCCGGAGGUCCUCGGCUUCUCCUUCCUCAAGGCCCCGUCUGGGUGCGGGUGCCACGUCAACGCCUGA